GGCUUUGUUGACGGUGUGAAGCUGUUGCAGUUUGGUGGGUUUAGGUACCAAAAGUACUUGGUUAUGGUUAGGAAAACAUCGUCGUUUGGGUGUAGUCACAGAAAGUAAUAGGUAACAGAUUUUGGUGUUAGAGAAACGUUGGACCCGACCACUUCAGAGGUAAUUGAAGGACGUGUUUGAGCCGGUUUGAGCUCGUGUUAAUCGACUGACUGUCGUGUUGAGCUCGUGUUACUCAAGUGAAUCGCUUCAGGAGCCUGAAUGGCGAAUCGCUGCAUUGUACCAAACUGUAGCAGCGGCAAAAGGGAGACCAACAGACCGGGUCUUCAUCGCCUCCCUUCGGAUGCUGCCCGCCGUGCCGACUGGCUGCGGCUGAUAAAGAACCCGAAGUUCAAGCCGGACACCCCGCCGCAAAAGUUGAAGGAUCUCCGGGUCUGUAGUAUACACUUCAGAGAGGAAGACUUUGAUGCAGCCUUCAGGAGACUGAAAAGUAACGUUAGAGUUAAACCAUCGAUAUUUGGGAGUGCGGAUGGUGAGAAGGCAGGAGCAGCUAGUGGAGACUGCGGUGAUACAGAAUCUGAUCCCGCACCAGCAGUUGAAUCGGCCUCCGCAUUUGACCAGGAUGACAGUAGGCCUAGGAGCAAAGUGGAAGACCGGGACCAGUUCCCGAGUUCCCACUCGGCGACUGACAUUAAUUUGUCUGCAUCGGAGGAGGACGAAGUUGACGACUGCGAAGAGAAAACAGCGAGCUCGAACGCAGCACCUGGCCGGUUUCUACGGCAACGCCUGACAACAGAGAGGAAGAUGGUUUACAUCACAGAGGACAUGGUCCGCCGACGGGCCGAGCACAACGAGUGUGAGAUCUUCUCCUUGGAGGAAGUUUCUCUGCAUCAGCAGGACAUCGAGAGGAUCGAACACCUUGACAGGUGGUGCAGGGACCUGAGGAUCCUCUACCUGCAGAACAACCUCAUCCCCAGGAUAGAGAAUCUCAGUCGCCUGAAGAAGCUGGAGUAUUUGAAUCUGGCCUUAAACAACAUUGAAGUCAUUGAAAAUCUUGAAGGCUGUGAGAGCCUCCAGAAGUUGGAUCUGACUGUGAAUUUUGUGGGCCGUGUGAGCAGCGUGGAGUCUCUGAAACACAACGUCCACCUCACAGAGCUGUUUCUGGUGGGGAACCCCUGCACUGAGUUUGAGGGCUACAGGCAGUAUGUGGUGGCCUCUCUGCCUCAACUCAAGCGGCUCGACGGGACGGAGAUCAGUCGGUCGGAGAGGAUUCGAGCCUGUCAGAGACUGGAGGAGGUAAAGAGGCAAGUCUGGGAGCAGGAGAAGGAAUACCUGAAGAGGAGAGCCAUGGAGAAAGAGGAGGCACAAAGGAAGGAAGCAGGAGAGCAGAAAGGAAAUGAGGAGAGGAAACCAGGCUUUGAUGGCCGCUGGUACACUGACAUCAACAACACAGUUCCAGGGUUGGGGGAGAAUAAGGAGAACCAGGAGGGGGAGGAGAAGCCGAACACAAUGAGCCCUGACUUAGAUGAUGAGUGGCGGGAGAGAGAGUUCUGGCACACGCCGUGUUCUUUCACCCCAGAAUCUCGUCUAGAGGCUCACCAACACCUGGAGGAGAAGAGGAAGGCAAAGGAGAAGGAGAAAGAGAAGAAGCCGAAGGCCCCGAGGACGCUGAUCACUGCUGAUGGAAGAGUCAUGAACGUCAAUGAGCCCAAGCUGGACUUCUCUCUAAGUGAAGAUGAAGAAGACAACACAAUCGUCUUAGACCUGGCAGUGUACAGACACUUGGACACCUCAUUGAUAGACGUGGAUGUUCAACCAACGUACGCUAGAGUCGUCGUCAAAGGAAAGAUAUUUCAGAUGGUUCUGCCUGCUGAAGUAAAGCCCGACAGUUCGACAGCUCACAGGUCCCAAACCACCGGACACCUGGUCCUCACUAUGCCCAGGGCUGAAGGUGAAAUCAAAGUGACAAAGACCAUCCCACAUCCGCCCAGAGCAUUUCAAAGCAGACGCAGCAACUCGUCUGAGCACAAUGAAAGGGGAAAAAAAGGUCCCCAGAGACUGGAAGUGGACCCCAGCAAGUACACAGCCAUCGACCUUGCCAACAUCGUGCCACGGCAGAGCACCAAAGAGGGUCCGCUAGAAAUGUCCAGGUUGCCUCCACCAACCACCACAGGUCACAGCAGCUUCUCUGAAGGGUUUGUGGACGACCCUGAUGUCCCCCCACUGAUAUAAGACAGAGAAAUAACACUGACCAAUAAGGAUGGACGCCGCUUGUUUCAGAGGUGGAAACUUUCAAGUAAAAGGCAGAUAACUGGGCAGCUUUGAAUGCUUGUAUUAUACAAAUAAUUUGUAACAUUAAAACAUAAAGAUCUGCACUUUUGAUUAGA